AUGUCAUCACCACCAUCGCCGUCGCUGCCCCUUACCACCACCGCCGCCGCCGCGUCAUCUCCGAUCGCCACGGGGCCGCUGGCCCUUCCGUCGGCGCCGCUGGAUCUCAUCUCCGACGCGUCCACCGGCCUGCUGCCGCCCCCCGUCAGCACUACGCCACCAGCUCCAUCGACUCUGCCGGCCCAAUACUCCCCGGAGGCCAUGGCCGGUGUCCUCAACGACCUGGUCGUCGCGGUCCAGGGCAUCCGGCUUUACCUGGCCAGCUCGUACGGGCCGUCACCGCCGCUUCCGCCGCCCGUGCCCUCCGGACCGCCGGCUCUUCCGUGGUACGCGGUGCCCGCGGCCCUCGCCGGAGGCUACCCGACGCUACCGCCGCCGUCCGCUCCAGCGCCGGCCUGGCCGCAGUGGCCCGCGCCAGCGCCCGCGGCGCUGCCCACGGCUGCCGCGCCCGCCCCAGCCCCGUGGCCGCCCUGGCCCGCGCCGGUUCCGUCCGCGCCGGCUGUGCCGGCCCACACGGCCGCGGCUGCUGCGCCCGCCCCAGCCCCGUGGCCGGUCUGGCCCGCGCCGGUUCCGUCCGCGCCGGCUGCGCCAGCCCACACGCCAUCACCGCCACCCAGCGCCGGCCUGAUCUACACGGAGGCCGGGGACCCACCGGUACCCACGCUGCAGUCUGGGGCCUCGUCCGGCUCCGCGGGGGCCUAUGACGGUCUCUCCACCGUUGACCGGGCGCCGUCAUCAUCACUGCAAUGCACCGCCGAGCCGGUCGGCCAUGGCGCGCCGACCCAGACGCCACCACGGUUCGCCAAGAUCGACUUCGCCACUUACGACGGCACGGAGGACCCGCUUAACUGGCUCAACCAGUGCGAGCAGUUUUUCCGUGGACAGCGCACACUCGCGUCGGAGCGCACUUGGCUAGCAUCCUACCACCUCCGCGGUGCAGCCCAGACCUGGUACUACGCCCUCGAGCAGGACGAGGGCGGCAUGCCCCCUUGGGAGCGCUUCCGCGAGCUCUGCCUCCUUCGUUUUGGGCCCCCGAUCCGCGGGAGCCGCCUGGCGCGGAGCUAG